GAGCCGUCACUAACGCCUGGGAGGAGGAGUCACGCGCCUGGGAGGAGCCGACUCCCGCGCCUAGGACUAGCAGUCACUGGCUCUUGGAAGGAGCAAUCACCAACACCUGGGAGGAGCAGUUACCAGCGCCUUUGGAGGAGCCGUCCCCAGAACCUGGGAGGAGCCAUCACCAGUACCUGGGAGGAGCAGUCACGUGCCUGGGAAGAGCAGUCACCAGAACCUUAGUGGAGCAGUCUUCUGCGCCUGGGACAAGAAGUCGCCCAAACCCGGUCUUUAUAUAUAUUUGUUCCUGAGAGGGCCCUGAGCCUUGGUGCUCCCUGUGUGGCUCUUCUUGACAUCCUGGGACUCUGCUUACCUCUCCCAAGCUUACUCUUUUGACAUCACCCUCUUGCUCCCGCUUCUCCAUGUCCCAUCCCCUCAGGGUGUGGGGGAGAGUGGAAUUGCAAAACCGCCGUUGCCAUGGAGGACGAGAUCCUUCGCAUAGCCAAGAAGAUAGAUAAGAUGGUGCAGAAGAAGAACGCGGCUGGGGCACUGGACUUACUAAAGGAACUUCAAAACGUUCCCAUGACUCUGGAGUUAUUGCAGUCCACAAAAAUUGGAAUCUCAGUAAAUACCGUUCGCAAGCAGAGCACAGAUGAAGAAGUCACCUCAUUAGCCAAGUCUCUCAUCAAAUGCUGGAAGAAGUUGGUAUGUGAGCCCUCCAAGACUCAGAUGAAACAAAAAAAGGAAUCUGCUCCCUCUUCCCAAAGCAGCCCUGAGGCACGAGAAGAAAGUAGCUCCAGUAGUAAAGCGAACCAACGAAAGGAAGAGACAAAUGCUUCUGAUUCCUUCGUUAACUCUUUCCCCCGGGCACCAAGCACUUCAGAUUCCGUCCGAAUCAAGUGCCGAGAGAUGCUUGCUGCCGCCCUCAGAACAGGAGACGACUACUUUGCUACUGGGGCCGAUGUAGAAGACCUAGGAGCUCAGAUUGAGGAAGCUGUGUAUCAGGAGCUACGGAACAAGGAUAUGAAGUAUAAAAAUAGGAUACGAAGUAGAAUAGCAAAUCUCAAGGAUGCAAAGAAUCCCAAUUUAAGGAAAAACGUACUGUGUGGGAACAUACCUCCAGAUCUCUUUGCCAGAAUGACUGCAGAGGAAAUGGCUAGUGAUGAACUGAAAGAGAUGCGUAAAAACUUGACCAAAGAAGCAAUUAGAACACACCAAAUGGCUCAGACCGGGGGGACCCAAACUGACCUAUUCAAAUGUGGCAAAUGUAAAAAGAAGAAUUGUACCUAUAGCCAGCUUCAAACCCUAAGUAGUGAUGAACCUAUGACAACAUAUGUUUUUUGUAAUGAUUGUGGACAUAGAUGGAAGUUUUUUUAGAUGAAGAAAUUGGGGACACAUCUGGACACUUACAAAAGAACAUUUUGAUAUUAGCUCUAAAAACUAGGUGAAGAAUCUAG